GAAGGAGAGGGGGGGAGGGAGAGAGAGAGAGAGAGAAAUAACCGGGGGAGGAGGAGACGGAGCCUGGCUCGAGCUGGCUGGCUGUCUCGAGAGGAGGGAUCAGAAGCGAGAGCAGUCCAAGCGCCCCCCCCCCUCCAGCCAGCCAGGCGGCAGAGGCGCCCUGGGGCUCUGCUUAGGUGACCUCCCCUCAUCCCUCUCCCUUGCAAAAAGCUCUCGCCCUCCCCCGAAGGUUUUUUUCAUUUUAUUUUAAACCCCCCUCCUUUUUUUUUUUUCAAAAUUGGCCCGCGGAGCUGCAAAAGGAGACCCGGCUCCUGCGCUCCGCGUUUUUCCUCGCUCAGAGAGGGAGGGAAGAAGAAAAGAGGUGGAGGGAGAACGCGAGAGCGCGCAGCAAAGCUCGGAUCUCUGCUGCGUUUGGGGAAAGGAAGAAGGGAACGGAAAAAGGAAGGGAGGGGAAGGCAAGAGCCAGCCCAGGCGAAAGGAACUGGGUGGAUAGUACCCCCCCCCCUCCUUGCCGCCGCCGCCGCCCGGUUCCUCCUCUUGCUUUCUGCUGCGUGCGUGUGUGUGUCGACGGGAGAGGCGAUGCUCCUGCUGGAAGGAGGAGGCGGAGGGCAAGCGGCGCAGGCAGCCGCCAGACGCAAGAGCUGAGAGCGGCAUUGCCGGAGAGGCGGAGGAGGGGCUGGCGACACUUUUCCGCCGCUGUCAUUAGAGGACCGUCCUCGCUUACUUCUCCCGGAUUCCUUUUGAUCGUUAACGACCCACCGACCCAUCCUUCGCCCCUGCAACGAGAGGAGAGGGGGAAGGGCAAGGAAAAAGGUGGCGGUGGGUGGAGAGAUCUUUUAAAGGGAGAACUUUGAAGAAGGAAAAAUUGCGUUUUAAAAACUCUCUCUUCCUUGCUCGGAAAAGGAAGCAAACAAGCGAGGGGCCACCCCGCCGAGGAGCAGGAAGAUCAAAGCGCGUUUGGGAAGGGCAGACGCCGCCAGGGAGCGACCGGAUCAAGGUGCUGCUGGCUGAUCCGCAGAUCGGGAGAGAUCUGCUCUGCAAAGCUCUGCUUGGAAGAAGAGGCAGGCGAACAAAAACAGACCUAUCGGGGCGAAAAGGAACGGGGAUCUUUGGAUGCUUUACUGUGGAUUUCCCCCCCCUUUCUCGACCACAGAUUUUUCUUCUUUCGAAACGACCAGAUCUAAAUUAUUCUCUUUUUAGUUUUUGGCUCCCCCCACCCCCAUUUUUGUAAACACCAGGUUCCCUCUUCCCCCUUCUGCACUUUUCCUUUUGGGCUGGAUUUAGCACCUACUUUGAUCACCUAAGGAUCUAAAACCUUGUGCCUUUUUUUUGUUGUUGCAACAUUAAAGAAUUUUUUUGUUUUGUUUGGAAGGGGCUGCUUGAGAAACGAAACUCCGCAUCACCUCGCCGAGGGCUUCUCCUUUGAACCACCGCUGAAGAAAAUACUUCCAUAUCCCUUGGGGUUUCUUUGGACCUGGGGAGGGGGGCAGAGCAGAGGGCAUGUUUCGCUCUUUCCAAAUCACCCCAGACCCCUUUUUUUGCCCCUUAGUGGAUAAUCACCCCACCACACGCAGGCUUUAAAUAAACGGUAGGGGUUUCUUCUUUUUGCUAUUAUUUUUUGUGGAUCUAGAAGGAUUUGCGAAGAGGGAGCAAGGCAGACUUGAACCCGAGCCUUUUCCUAAGAGACUGGCGCAUGCUUCACCUUGCUUCGCCUGGGUCUCCCGCAGCAGGCAGCGCGCGGCGGCCAGCGCCCCCACCGCCCCCCGGCUCCGUCCUCUGUUUCCACUUCAUCCCCAUCAUUUCAGGCUGCUUCUACUGGCUGCCUGGACUCGGCUCCCGGAUUCUUCAUGAGUUGCGGACGACAUGCCCGUUUUUUAGCCGGGGAACCUUCUUCUCGUCCCGCAUGUUCAGGACCAAACGAUCGCUGCUCGUCCGAAGACUCUGGCGGAGCCGUGCGCCCGGCGGGGAGGAAGAAGGCGGCGAGCUUGGAGAGGGGGCCGCCGACAGCCGGGCGCAUGGGGCGGGAGGUGGCGGCGGCGGCGGCGGCGGAGGAGGAGGAAGCCGGGGUUGCUGCAUGGGCAAGUCGGGGAAGCUCGCCAAGGCACACCUCGGAUCGGAGGCUGAACUGAAGGCGCUGACCCACUCGGUGCUGAAGAGGCUGAAGGAGAAGCACUUGGAGGGCCUCCUGCAAGCCGUGGAGUCCCGGGGGGGCACGCGGACCUCCUGCCUCCUGUUGCCCACCAAGGUGGACUCCAAACUGGGCCAGCAUUGGUACUCGCUCCCUCUGCUGCUGUGCAAAGUCUUUCGGUGGCCCGAUCUCAGGCACUGCUCGGAAGUCAAGAGGUUAUGUUGCUGUGAAUCCUAUGGGAAAACGCACCCGGACUUGGUCUGCUGCAACCCCUAUCACCUCAGCAGGCUCUGUGAACUAGAGUCUCCCCCUCCUCCUUAUUCGAGAUAUCCAAUGGAUUUUCUCAAACCAACUGCAAGUUGUCCAGACUCUGUGCCUUCCUCCACUGAGACAGGGGGAACUAAUUAUCUGGCCCCUGGGGGGCUUUCAGAUUCCCACGUUCUGCAAGAGCCGGGGGAUCCGUCACACUGGUGCGUGGUUGCAUACUGGGAAGAAAAAACGCGCGUGGGCCGGCUGUAUUCUGUCCAAGAACCGUGCCUGGAUAUCUUCUAUGAUCUACCUCAGGGGAAUGGCUUCUGCCUUGGACAGCUCAACUCGGACAAUAAAAGCCAGCUGGUGCAGAAAGUCCGCAGCAAGAUCGGCUAUGGCAUCCAGCUGACCAAGGAGGUCGACGGGGUAUGGGUUUAUAACCGCAGCAGUUACCCCAUUUUCAUCAAGUCGGCCACACUGGACAAUCCCGACUCCAGGACGUUGCUAGUGCACAAGGUGUUCCCAGGCUUUUCCAUCAAAGCGUUUGACUACGAGAAAGCCUACAGCUUGCAGAGGCCCAAUGACCACGAAUUCAUGCAGCAGCCGUGGACUGGCUUCACCGUUCAAAUCAGCUUUGUGAAAGGCUGGGGCCAGUGUUAUACGAGACAGUUCAUCAGCAGUUGCCCUUGCUGGUUGGAGGUUAUAUUCAAUAACCGAUGAUGACUCGAGAGACUUAGGCCGGACUCAACAAUGACCUUUUAUAACUACUUUGCUGCUAAAUAUCUCCUCCCGAGUGCUUGCUUUUUCAUGCAAACUUUUUUUGUUCGUUUGUUUUCUGUUUUGAGAAAUAGCUUAUGGAAAGAUUUCUCUCUGUGUGUUUCUUUCCUCUCCCCCCCCCCCGGUUUUGGUAUUUUGAUAAGUUUCUUUUCUUUUUAAAAGUGUGAAUGACCAAUAACUCAGAAGGGGGGGCAGGAAGGCACCUGGGAAAGGGGUGGGGUGGAGUGGAGAAGAGUUUCACUUGAACGUACUUCAUUUGUGGGUUGUUUUGUACCCUUUAAGUUAUUAUUACCCGAACGUGGUGGGAGGAAAUGGAUGAGCUUGGUUUAUGCAUAACUGCCUCUCGAAUUCAAACAGUGGUACAAGUUCCCGCCCCCCCCUCCUCACACCCUCUUGGUGAACACACAUCAAUUUGGAGACCUGCAUUUGCUUCCAGAGUUCUUGCACACGUGGCUUUUACCCUGCUCAUUUCAGUCGAGGGAUCAGAUCUACACACACGCACAACAAAGGGAUACAAUGAAUGGAAAUGCCAUUGCAGGCUGGAGAGCUCCAAA